UAAUGAAUAUCUUGUCUUUAGAAUAACUGCGUCUAUGGUCCUGAAGCACAAAACAUGUACCUGCAAUUAGCAACAGUAGUGUUUUAUUUGUGUAUAAGAUAAAUAUUCAAAAAUCAAAUUCAAACUCAAACUCAUUAUGGUAUGUAAAUACAUUUUCACUGUGAAUAGUUUUUAUUGACUCUCUGUUUGGUAGAAACCGACUAUUUCAGUUUUCCGGCUUGGAGUGGUUUGGAAAGACGUGUAGCUAUUUCUUAAAUAUCUUUUUAAUUUUCAAGCAGCGUGAACAAAAUCCCAUGAGCUUCUGUCGUAUCGAUUCACUUCUGAUUAAUGAGGUCAUUGCAGACAAAAAACUCUGAAAGUACAUAUAAGCAAAGGAAUGCAUAUGGUAGUUUAAAAAGGAAAAUAUGUUAAUGUUUUUAAAAGUUAUAGUCCAUGAAAUCAUUCAAUCAUUUAAAUCCCAAAUAUCCUGUUGGGAUUGAUUCAUAUAUACGUAUUUUGUAGUAGUGAGUAACAUUGCUCGCGCUGCUUCUCUUCACUAACUGAGCUAUUGAAAUCAUAAGAUCCAUAUCCCAAGAGCUGAUCCAGCACCCAGACAGGCAGCCUUGUGUGGAUGACUUGAACUGAUGAGUCAAAUCAGGACAAAAUCUAAUUGUCCAACAAGGCGGUAUGCAUUUCCCUGACAAACAAUAAGAGCAAAAUGCCAGGCUUUAUUUUUCUGUGCCGACGAGUUGUAGUAACUCAUUACUCGUGUCUGGGCUCAGUUAUUGGACAUUGCUACAGUCCAUACAGCUGCUCUGUCCAGGAGAGGGAACUGUCCCACACAGAAGUAAAAAUCUGGAUACAUUCCAUUCAUGGUCAUCACAUUAUGACACAAAGAGACCUGUGUUAGAGUCAGCUACCCCUUCGCCAGAAUUCAGAUAAUUGACUUAGUGGCUCGGCUAACGUGAGAAAGGUUGGACAUCAUGUUGAUGAGGAAGGGUGCGUGUCAGGUGAUGUGCAGUCAAAUAUUGUGCAUUGUGCUCUGUGUGUCUGUCUUUCCCAGGUCUGAAGUGUGUUUGUGAGUCAUAAAUGAUACCACGUUCAUGGGCGGGUGUAUUCUAAUCACUGGUGUCGGUUUGUUUGUUUUGUUGUGACAGCGACAACUAGGGCAGCUUUUAAUUCAAUUUGAAUGCAACUUGGGAAGUGAGGUCGGGUCAUGACCUCCACUGGUGACUUUUUCUUUUCAAAUUCAUCAAAGGUCAAAGUCUUUCAGUGACAAUUUGCAUGGAUCAUCAUCUGCACAUGUUAAAUUGAUUUUAACAGCUACACCUCACACAGCCACAAAAUAUAUAUACAGAAUUAUGAAAUUACCAAAGAUGUUGAUAUUGGGUGAAUAGUAAUGCCUCUACCAAAUUUCAUGGGACUUUUCAGCAGCUUCUGAUGACUUUUACUUUUCUUGGCUUAGAUUAUAAACAUACAAAGUAGGCCCGAUGCUUGUUCCCACCCUGCCUGUAUGCUUCAGUGUUCCCAUGCAGAUGUUUUUCUUUUCCUCUUCAAAUGCUUCAAAAUAUGUUGUUCUGACAUCACAACCAAUUCUCUCUCCUUUUCUCCUUCUCUAACCAGCCCCUCCACACCAACAAGAUGAGCCUUCUCAACUACCCCGCUCCGGAGUUAGACGUUACCCUGCAAGAGGUUGGCCGUGUCCUGCAGCUCACUUUAAGACCUGACCUUUACCCCGAGUUCAAACGUGUGCUGGACCAGCAGAGGGAGGUUCUUCGAGAUGCAGAUCAGAAGUUAGCAACUAGACUUGCAGGCCAGGAGAACUGGGGGUCGGAGCAGUUCAAGAAAAGCCUGCUUUCGUGUUCCGACCCUCUUCCCACCUCCACAGCCCUCCCUAUGGUUCUUCCUCCAUCCAGAGUGAAGAGAAGCACCCAGCUGGGGAGGGCAGCUGCUCUGCUCUGGGGAGCUGCAAAGCAGUACAGUGAGCCCUCGAAACCUGCAGAGGGCGAUGUACCAACGGAGAACACGCAGCAGUCGGAGGUAUUUGCCGCAAGCCGGAUUCCUGGCAGAGUUCAAGAUCAAAUUAAGGUCUACCCAGACAGUCUCCAUGCCAUCAUCACAUGUGUGGGAGGAGUGUUCCCUGUGGACAUACUCUGGCGUCCCAGCCCUGGUGGACCAGUGUCUGCUCGACCAUUCAUUGACAUCUACAACCAGUUGGCUCAGGUGAUGGAUGAACCCAGAGCAGGAAAACAGAAUGAUCCCUCGGUCAUUUGCAGCCUCUCCGCUCUGCCUCGUAAAGACUGGGCCGCCGUCAGGGAAGAGAUCCUGGAGCAAGGAGGGGAAGCAGCAGCCUCACUGGGGCUAAUGGAGAGCGCUGUGCUUACACUUUGUCUGGAGGACCAGAAUGCACCCUCUGAUCUGGCCGACACCCUCAAUGCAGUGAGGCUGGGAGGAGGAGGAGGAGACAGUCCAUGUCUGAGACACUAUGAUAAGAUGAUGAGCCUGGUGGUGUUCAAGGACAGCACUGCUGGAAUGUUGUUUGAGCACAGUGUUUUGGAUGGGAUAGUGGCUGUGUUUGUCAGUGGUUGUGUCUAUAAUCUGUCUGAGACUGUUGACUUAGAACUAGCCCUCACUGAAACAGAGAAUGUGAAUGGGUCCGUCACAGUUAGCGAUGUAAAAUCGUUUUCCCCGACUUCUUUAACCUUCCACUUGCAAGGAGUAAACAUCCCUCAGCCCAACCCGGCCUCAGAAGCAACUAAUCAAGUUCUCACGUUUGAUGUCCCUUCCUAUCCGGAUGUCUUUUCUACGAUCAGAGAGCACAGAGGCCUGUAUGAUGCCUGGAUCAACUUCUCUUUGCAGCUUUCCCUGAGGCAGACUCUUGGGGAAUCAGCUGCCAGUCACGUGCUUGUCACACCUACCCAUAUGCGCCACUACAAACAUGGUCGAUGUGAUCCUACAUACUCAAUCACCACUCAUUCUCUCAAGUUAGUAGGUGCCUUGGCAUCCUGCAUAGGCCCAGAUAAGAAAAUCCAAUACACUACUGACAUCUUACGCUUGUUCCAUGUUGCAUUAAUGGAGCACAAGAGUCUCAUCAGAAACACUAAAAGUGGUCAAGGUGUUGGUCCCCAUCUAGCUGCCUUGCGCCAACUUCUGCCAUCUGACAAUCCACUGAAAAAGUUUCUCGACCCCUUUGGGUGUCCAUCUGUAUACCUCACUGGUUCAGGUCUCAUUGAGGGUGUUGAGUGUGGAGUAGGGAAUGUUUAUGCACAAGAUCAGCUGGCUGUAGCAUACCUGGGAAGAAAAGACCGGGUUCAAAUUGUGCUUAAUGGAAAAGGGAGCUUUGCUCAGAUACUGCAGAAGCUUCAAGACAACAUGAAGAUAAAUCUGAAGUUAGUGAUGCUUCUAGCUGUUAGAUAUGCCAUUGCAAAUCAGAUGGGUGCCCUGGAGUGUCUACUCCAACAGGACCAAACUAAGAAAGCGAUUGGAAUGAGCCUAAAAAGUGGGGAAAGCAAAGCGAGUAUGAGCCCAAACUACACUAUGUUGAUCCAUGGUGGAGCUGGAGAAGAGAUGAUGCUGAACACCCAAGUGAUUGGGGUUAUUGAGUUUGCUUUACAGACAGCCUUAACCCUUGGAUCCCAAGUCCUUCAUCAAGGGGGCAGGAGUCUGGACGCAGUUCAGAGGUCAGUUGAGGCCCUGGAGGACUGUUUUCUGUUUAAUGCAGGUAAAGGCUCAGUAUUCAACAAAGAUGGAAAAAAUGAAUUAGAAGCAGCAAUUGUAGAUGGUAGUACACUGAGGUCGGGAGCUGUUGCCUGUGUGGAAAGUGUGAAGAACCCAAUAAAAGCAGCCAGAUGUGUCAUGGAGAAAAGCUCACAUUCACUCAUAGUAGGAAAUGGGGCUGAGGAGUUUCUGCAAGUGCAGGAGAAGGAGAAAGCUGUUGGGUGUGAGUAUUUCUACACAGAUAUACGCCACAGAGAGUUAAUGGCAAAGCUCAGCGGUGGAGAUACCUCAAAAAACAAUCACCCUCAGACAGUUGGAGCUGUUGCAUUGGAUCAUUGGCAGGGGUUGGCUGCUGCUUCCUCUACAGGCGGGUUAGUAGGAAAGCUCAAAGGUCGAGUUGGGGAUACAGCAGUAGUAGGAGCAGGAAUAUAUGCUGAUGACAAAUUAGCUAUUGCCUGCUCUGGAGAUGGAGAUGUAUUUUUGAGGCACACAGUUGCCCAGAAAAUAGCUAGUCUCUACCAUCACAAGGGUUACAGCCUUAGACAUGCAUGCAAAGAAGUGAUGAGUGAAAAUCUGAAUGGGGCAUGUGCAGGCAUCAUUGCUGUGGACAUUAAAGGUGAUGCCAUCAUCGAAACAAAUGCUGGCGUAAUGUUUGUAGCCUCUCUGAUAGAUGGUAUUUCACGAGUAGAGGUCCUCAGGCCCCUGAACAGCUUCUCUGAUGUGAUCUGGGAAACAGAUGAGCUGGUUGCCUACCUGAAUCCCAAACCCUGGAUCCCUGGCUCAACCAUUCUGAUGAGAAAAACUAAUAGUGGGGCAAGCAGUGUCUUCCACUUGCCCACACCUGAUUAUGUGGCUAUGCUACAGGCAGCGAGAGUUGUGUCAAAACUUCUAUGUGAACGGUUGGGAGUGCAGCGCUGUGCCUUGGUUUUCUACCCAACAUCCGAUCAUCCUGCACAAAUCAGACUGCUCCCACUUCAUGGCCUCGAGCAAAAGUGGGAGCCUCAUCUUGCCGGUGAAGAGGAAUUCCAUGAAUACGAUCCUGGUUACUGCACUUCAAAAAGCAGCCCAUGCUGGGAUGAUCAAUCUCUGACUCAGGUUCAAGCCAAGAUUAGAAACAAAUUACCAACACCCAAUGCACCUUCUUGCUUUGACUUUUUUGGGGACCGCUCCUGUAACAACCUGUUCAGCCGUAUUGUUCGGGGCGAGCAGCCACAGUGGAGGGUGUGGGAAGACAGUGAGUAUGUUGCAUUCCUUACGCCAUACCCGAACACGCCUGGUCUGACUGUUGUGGUGCCACGCAAACCACUGUCCAGUGACCUCUUCAAAUUGGACCAAGCUGACUACAAAGCAAUGAUUUUAGCAAUUCAUAAAGUUGCCCGACUAUUGGAAGAGGGGAUGAGAGCUCGAGGUGUUGCAUUGAUCUUUGAGGGAUUGGAGAUUGAAUAUGCUCAUGCGAAGCUGAUCCCUCUUUUACCUCCAGCUGAUGGCACUACGCCUGCUGAGCUGACACCAGAAUGCUAUCAAAGCUACCCUGGAUAUGUGUCAUCAAUGGACGGGCCAGCUGCUGAUCCUGAGACCCUUAAAGCGGUCCACUCAAAAAUCACCAAGUGCAGGGCUCCACAUUCAUGGCAAAACCCCGUCGCCCAUUCCACACUUGCCAUUAAGAGCCAGUGGUAUCGCAACCUGUUCCAGAUUCAAAACACUCUUUUCCACAGCACAGUGGAAUAUUUCCAAAGUCUCUGCCAUUACUCCUACGCUUUGACCCCUCUCACCACCGACACCAUCUCCUCACCGAUGGGUCUGGGAUCUGACUCAGACCCAGUUUCUGUUAACCUGCUGGGACAGGACAUCUACCUGGCUGACUCAAUGCAAUUUGUUCUUGAGUACUUUCUUCGCUUCCAGGAGAACCUGCCAGGAACCUACUACAUAUCUCCCAGCUUUAGAGGAGAAGAUCCUGAUGCCACGCACCUGAACCAGUUCUACCACGUGGAGUGUGAACUGUUGGGUGAUAUGAACGAUGCCAUUUGCACAGCAGAGAGAUACUUGGCUCAUCUCACUAAGUCCAUGUUGAAGCAUCACUCAGAUAUCAUUCUCAGCACUGCUGGGACCCUCACGCAUGCCAAAGCAAUGCAGAGUAAGCUAGAGGGAAAAGAUGGACUACCAAGAAUCCCUCUUGAUCAGGCCAUUCCCAUGAUGCCAUCUGCUGACUGCGUUGAGUGGGUCCAGGACGGUCAGCCCCAGAUCGGCAGAAAGCUAACACGCAAAGGAGAGCAAGUCUUGAUAGAAAAAUAUGAUGGCGCUGUUUGGUUGACCGAGAUGGAUCAUCUGGGGGUCCCCUUCUACCAGGCAUAUGUGGAGGGCAGUGGGCAGCGCAAAGCCAAAGCUGCAGACCUUCUGAUAGGGCUGGGUGAGACUGUGGGUCUUGGUGAGCGUCAUUCUACCCCUGAGAUGGUGCAAGAAGCUCUCAGGCACCACACGGUUCCUGAGCAGUCCUACAAGUGGUACAUCAGCAUGCGACAAGCAAAACCCCUCCUCAGCAGUGGUUGGGGCAUGGGGACCGAGCGCUACCUGUGUUGGCUGCUACAGCACGAUGACGUCAGAGAUAUACAGAUCAUACCGAGGAUGAAAGGAAUGAAAUACAUGCCCUGAUUAUCAGUUCUCCUCGUGUUUUCAGGCCAUAAAAUGUAAUAUAUAGGACUUGCAAUAAUAGGAUCAAAGAAGAGUUUAUAUAAUGGCUUUUUAGAAUAAAAAUGCCUCAAUAAUCCAGAGUUUCAUCCAAUUUUUUGUUUAUUAAAUCUUUCCUGCUGUGUCCAUGAUCAGAGGAGAGAGGGCAUACAUGUUGGUCUCAUAUACACUGGAGGCAUUACUGCAGAAAAAAGGAAAAGUAAAUGAGCCAAAAUUGAGAUGACUCAAAUAACUUUAUUAUUUAUUUUUUAAAUGCUAUUUUACACUGAAGGAUGGUUUCCUUUCUUAACACCAAAGCUUUAACAUAAAUUUAACUGCUUGGUGAAAAUGUAGGGUGGGGGGUCAGUACAGCUUGGAUUGUUUUAAUAUCUUUAUAUUUAUGAUUAAGACUGAUUCAAU